UGUCUCCACGGUUACACUGACAGCACCUGAGGUUCAAGUAGGUCAAACCCUGUUUAGCAGCUCUUCAAGUUACUCUCUUCUGGAGUUUAUUGGUGAAGGCUGCUUUGGUAAAGUGGCCAAGUGCCAGAAUCUGACAACAAAGGAGACUGUGGCUGUUAAGAUCCUUAAGAAGGGCACUGAUUUUAUCCAAGACACUGAGAAAGAGGUGUCCAUGUUAAAGGUCAUCAGUGUCCUGAAUUCAGACCACACCAAUGUGGUGAAGUUCUUCGAGCGGUUUGAAUACAUGGGACAGACCUGUCUAGCAUUCGAGAUGCUGGACAGAAGCCUUUAUGAGCUGCUCCAAGAACGAAACUGGAAGCCUCUGUCUCUGAACGAGAUCCGGCCAAUCACAAAACAAUUGUUGGUGGCCUUGGCUGCUCUGAAGGAACUUGGUGUCCUGCAUACCGAUAUUAAACCAGAUAACAUUAUGUUUGUUAACAAGCAGGACCAACCCCUCAGGGUCAAAUUAAUAGACUUUGGUGAAGCCAUUCCAGCCUCGAAAGUCCAGCCUGGGCUGGACCUUCAGCCAGUCGGAUAUAGGGCUCCUGAAAUUGCCCUUGGCUUUCCCUUCACUGAGGCUAUAGAUGUGUGGGGAGUCGGCUGUACUCUAGCCUUCCUCUACCUCGCUGACAAUCUCUUUCCUGUGGAAUGCGACUAUCAGAUGGUUGGUCAGCUAUCUCAGACAAAUGCUGAGAAUCAAAUGGAAACUUAUUCAGCUGAUGUGAUUCUGUAUUCUGUCUGCAGAUGAAGUGCAUGGUUGAGG